AUGCCGGGCGGCCCGUUCGGGCCCGGACAGUCGCCGCAGCGGCCAGCCCAGAAGCGCGGCGCGCCCGCCAACGAGCUUGACUCGCUCCUGAACAAGCCCACCCUUCAGGAUCGCCUCAAAACAGAGAAGGGUGAGGAGCUGCUUGAGCUGAUAGCAAAGCCGACGGCAAAGGAGAAUGCGGUGGUGAAGCGCUUCAAGACGGAGGGCGGCUCGCAGAUCCGGGAAUACUGCCCGCACCUCACCAAGGACGACUGCCGCAGGGCGCACGCGAGCAUGUUUCCGUGCCACCGGGUGCACUUCCGGCGGCUGGUGUUCCCGUGGACGGACGUGUCCAUGGGCAACUGCUCCUACCUGGACACCUGCCGCCACAUGAAGACCUGCCGCUACGUGCACUACGAGCUCGACGACGAGCCUGAUCUGGCGGGACCUGUCGCCACGGACGCCGCCAAAAGCCGGCCACCUGUGCCUGCUUACCUGGCGGUUUGUAAGCAGUUCUCUCGAGGGUCUUUAGAUGCAAGGUGGAUAAAGUGUGACAUCCGCACAUUUGACAUGACGGUGCUGGGCAAGUUUGGGGUGAUCAUGGCGGACCCCCCCUGGGAGAUCCACCAGGACCUGCCCUAUGGCACCAUGGCCGACGACGAGAUGCGCAAACUCAACAUCGGCACCCUCCAGGAUGAGGGCGUCAUCUUCCUCUGGGUCACCGGGCGUGCGAUGGAACUGGGGCGGGAGUGUUUGGAGAUCUGGGGCUACAAGCGAGUGGACGAGCUGAUCUGGGUGAAGACGAACCAGCUGCAGCGCCUAAUCAGGACGGGGCGCACGGGGCAUUGGCUCAACCACUCCAAGGAGCACUGCCUGGUGGGCGUCAAGGGCAGCCCCAACAUCAACCGCAGCCUUGACUGCGACGUCCUCGUCGGAGAGGUACGGGAGACGUCGCGCAAGCCGGACGAGAUGUACUCGCUGCUAGAGCGGCUGAGCCCGGGCACGCGCAAGGUGGAGAUCUUUGCGCGCCAGCACAACGUGCAGCCCGGCUGGGUCUGCCUCGGCAACCAGCUCAAUGGCGUUGUCAUCCGCGAGCCCGAGAUGCUCGAGCGCUAUGAGGCCAAAUACGGCCCCGUGCCAGCCCCCAGCAAGGCCUGA